AAUGGGUCUUUGAUUGAACUAGCUACAAAUGAAAUGAACAGCAUGUUCUCUGGGUUGAACUUCUCUGCUUCCUGGGUCUUCGUCGGCACUUGGGAGAAGAUGGAAUUUGAACCUGAUACAGGGGAGGUGACCUUCCAAGUUGUCCUGGUCUCUGACAGCAAGAACCGAUCUUACGUCCUGAUGAACUAUGGAUCCAUCCCUCCUGAUCCUCUACCAUGGAUGGCUGGAUAUAAGACUGUGAACAGCACAUAUUAUUUCAGCAUUCAGGCACCCAGUACCUCUAGUCUGUCUACUACUACUAAUGUUGGAAUACUUGGUCGCUGGGCUCUCCGUGUUGACAGUGCAGUCUCAGUGUCACCACCGCCAGCACUGUUCUAUCCAUUUGGCUCGGGAGCAGGAGACACUGUUAAUCCUCGCAGUGAUGAUGGAAGCUCACCUGCUAUAAACCUACAGAGUCCAUUCACGUUCUUCAGACGCACAUACACUAAGCUAUAUGUCAACAACAAUGGACACUUGACGUUUGAUCAGCCGUGGGACAGCUUUACACCCACUCAGUUCAAUGCUUAUAGUGGAAGAGAUAUCAUCGCUCCACUGUGGACUGAUAUUGAUAAUCGUGCAACUGGCAAUAUCUCAUAUAAUCAGUACAGUAAUGGCAAUGUCCUUUCACAGGCCACACGGGACAUAAACCAGUACUUUCCACAGUUUAUCUUCACUGCUUCUUGGGUCUUCGUUGCAACAUGGGAUAAAGUGGCGUACUACAGCUACUCAGGCACGGAAACGUCCUUCCAAGUGGUUUUGGUUUCUGGUGGCAAUUUGUCCUUUGUGCUGAUAAAUUAUGGUGACAUUGCACCAACAAACUACAGAGUAGAGGCUGGAUAUGACACAAACUUCACAGACUACACUGUGAUUUUGUGGUCAAAUGACACAUCCACCAUUCCGAACCUCAAGUAUUUGAGUAAUGUGAACGUCCCAGGACGCUGGGCCUUCGUGCUAAACCAACCUAGUGAUGCCGUUCUUGCAGUGCGACUGAAAGUCCUGGCAGUCUCUAAUCUCACAGACAUCAAUAACCAGAAGAUCCUUCUACAGCAGAUAUUUUACUUGUUGCCUGACUUUGAAGUCAAUGUGACAAUGGAGGGUUCAGUUCAAAUGCCUGCGCUGUCUCUGAAGAUAGUGGCGAUCGUAUUAAUGAUAAGUGGACUUACAAAAGCACAAACAGCCGCAUCUACUACUACCGCAAACCCUGGUUAUGACCCGUGCAGUAACUAUACAGUCCUGGAUCAGCCCUGGAGAGCUACUAAUGCAUCAUGGAAUUUGGUGUGUGAUCAAGACUUCGAGUGGAGCGGCUGGUAUCGUCUUCUCUACUAUGGAAUGAACAUUCGCAUGCCAGAGGUCUGCAGCAGUGGAUGUUCCACUAAUAUCGCUCUAUGGAUAAAUAGCUCACAUCCGCAGAUACAGGAUGGAAUAGUCACCCAUCCGAUCUGUGCUAAUGGUGGUGAUUUUGGCAGUUGCUAUUGUCCCUUCGGUACAACCUCCAUUCGAGUCAAAGCGUGUCCAGGAAACUUUUAUGUCUAUGAAUUCAUCAAGCCUGGGCAGUGUCUCUCAGCCUACUGCGCAGAUAUCACCACAUUAAGUCCAUCCAACAUCUCAACAACUGGAGUCAUCACCACAGAAACCAACAUAACAACAGACUCCAGCUUUGACCCAUGCUAUAACUAUACUGCCCUGGACAACUACUGGAGAGAUAUUCACACAUACUACAGAGGACAUGAUGACACCCGUGUAGAAUGGAAGGGCUGGUAUCGACUGUAUCUUCAAGGACAAAGUGCUCAGAUGUCUGAGUGGUGUGUAAGUUAUAUGACAUGUGGUGGUUUUACUGCACUGCUGCUCAGAGGUUCACAUCCACAGAUCGGUGAUGGAAUUGUCACUCGUGAAGUAACUGGAUCUCGUGCGUUCAACUCGUGCAGUUACUACAAAUCCAACCCCAUCCAAGUCAAGGCUUGCCCAGGAAAUUACUACGUCUACAAACUUGUUAAACCAGAUAUAUCGAUCCCUGUUCCUUCAUACUGUGCAGUUUCUUUCAGCAAUUCCAGCGUAGACCCCUGCUACAACUAUACUGCCCUGAAUGAUACUUGGAGAAGCAGCACUAACCCCAACACAAAUUUAAUCUGUGAUGUUAAUGUGAACUGGAUGGGCUGGUAUCGGCUGUUCUAUCUGGAACAAAGUGCCAAAAUGCCAGAAACAUGUGUCAGUCCAUACAGGUGUGGCACUUACACCCCUCUUUGGCUCAAUGGCUCUCACCCACAUGUGGAAGAUGGAGUGGUGGUCCGGCAAAUCUGUGGAAGCCUUAUGAGUGAUUGCUGCUUUUUCAAAUCGUUUCCAAUUCAAGUGAAAGCCUGCCCGGGAAACUACUACGUGUACGAGUUUGUCAAACCAAAUACCUGCUUUUCAACCUAUUGUACAGAAACUAGCAACAUAACUGUCACCAAUAUACCAACAACUACCCCACAGGACCACAUUCUAGCAGCACGGCUGAGAGUCCUGACCAGCUAUAACCUGACAGACUCCAACGACCAAAUGGUCGUUGUGCAGAAUCUUCAGGAUGAACUGAGGAAGUGGGGUGUGGCAUCCGCUGUAAGAGUGAAAGUGAAACGCGUUCAGAAGAAAAGUCCCCUGGCAGUUCAGGCCGGGCACCUCGCUGCUGUCGCCCUCUGCUGGCAGCUGGCGGCGCAGGCAGUCUAUGAGGCAAUGAGGAGUUCAGCUAUAAUGCCUGGGGAGUCUUUGAAGAUGGUGGCAAUCAUAUUAAUGAUAAGUGGAUCUGCAAAUGCACAAACAGCAGCCAUCACAGAAAGUCCAACAAGUUCCACAGCUGCAGAUAUCGCCAUAACAGACAUCAGCACUGAAAGCACAACCAGUUCCACAGCUGCCGACACUGACACAACAAGCAUCAUCAUAAACCCACUCGGUUCCACAACUGCAACCAGCACAACAGGUGUCAACAAAAUAAUCCUCAACACUUCCACAGCUGCAACCAUCAGCACAACAGAAGCACUUUUAUUCUAUCCAUUUGGAACUGCUUUUGACGAUACGAGGAAUAAUGUCAGCGAUGAUGGAAGCAGUCCUGCUAUAAGGCUACAAAGUCCAUUCACAUUUUUUGGACAUACGUAUUCUCAAAUUUAUGUCAACAACAAUGGACACCUGACGUUUGAUCGGCCGUGGUACGGCUAUACCCCCUACCAGUUCCCCGCUCAUGGCGUCAGAGAUAUCAUCGCGCCGUUCUGGACAGACAUUGACACCACCCUAAAUAGUGUGAUCUCAUAUAAUCAGUACAGUAACAGCAGCGUACUCUCACAGGCCACCCAAGACAUAAACCAGUACUUUCCAGGCCUGAACUUUACUGCUUCCUGGGUCUUUGUUGCAACAUGGGAUAAAGUGCUGUACUACAACAACCCCUCACAAUCAUCCUUUCAAGUGGUUUUGAUUUCAGGAGGCAAUUCUUCCUUUAUCCUCAUGAAUUAUGGUGUGAUUGCUCCAACAGUCCUUAAAGUUGAGGCCGGGUAUGAUACAGUAAACUCUACAGACUACUUUUUGAUUCCACGCUCAAAUGACACCAGCUUCAUUUCCAACCUCAGCAACUCAAGUAACGUGAAUGUGCCAGGGCGCUGGGCCUUCAAAGUGACUGGAGGGCCAAGAAACUUCUUUAGCCAAGCAUCACAACUGCCUGUGUUCUAUCCCUUUGGCUUGGGGGCAGGAGACACGUCUAACGGUCCCUCUGAUGAUGGAAGCUCAUCUGCUAUAGGCCUACAGAGUCUGUUCUCCUUCUUUGGGCGAACAUACUCUCGGCUAUUUGUCAACAACAAUGGAUACUUGACAUUUGAUCAAGCGAUGUCUAGCUGGGUGCCUGUGCGGUUCGUUGCUAACAUUGGAAGAGAUAUCAUCGCUCCACUCUGGACUGACAUUGAUAACCGUGCAAAUGGUGUGAUCUCAUAUAAUCAGUACAGUAACGGCAGCGUACUCUCACAGGCCACACGGGACAUAAACCAGUACUUUCCAGGAGUGAACUUCACUGCCUCUUGGGUCUUUGUUGCAACAUGGGAUAAAGUGGCGUACUACAGCUACUCAGGCACGGAAACAUCAUUUCAAGUGGUUUUGAUUUCUGGUGGCAAUUUUUCCUUUGUGCUGAUGAACUAUGGUGACAUUGCUCCAACAAACCUCAGAGCAGAGGCUGGAUAUGACACUAACUUCAUAGACUACUUUGUAAUUCUGUGGUCAGAAAACAAAUUCACCAUUCAGAAUCUCACGUAUCUGAGUAAUGUGAACGUCCCAGGCCGCUGGGCCUUCCUGGUAAACCAACCUAGUGACGCAAUUACAAGAGAUGACGUUCUUGGAGUGCGACUGAAAGUCCUGACAGGCUCUAACCUAACAGACACCAACAACCAAAAGAUCUUUCUACAGCAGUUCCAGGACACGCUGAGGAAGAAAGGUGUGCCAAGCACUGUCAGAAUAAAACUGUCACGCGUUCAGAAUAAAAGACCAUGAGUGGCUGAUUCAAUGACCAACAAGACAGUGCUCAUGGUCAUUUGACAGCAUGGAACAAAUUUUCAAAAAAUGUUAUUUUCCCAGCUUUCAGGGUUUCUGUUGAACCAACCCUCUACUAGUGAGUUUCAGACAAAAGUUGAUCUGUUCAAAUUUUACCAGAAUUUACAUUUAAUGCUGCACUAUGUAAGAUUAUUUUAAAACAAUAGUGUUACUGUGUUAGGAGAUUAAAACUGUGCUAAAAUAUGAUAAGUAAUAAAUAAGAAUUCAGUGAGAGGCUUCGGAUCGCUCCACGUCACAUGCACAGACUGCAAAAGAAGGCCCGGCUUGAUAUUUAGGUCUCAAAUACAAGUUCUCUUUAAAUUCUUUUUCAAUAAGCUCACAAUCGUCAUAGACGAAGAUCAAGACCCAUGUUACAAAAUGUGGCUGCAGUUACACAUUUCCACCAGAGAGGUCUCCAAACCUCCAAAACUUCCAUAGUGCAGCUUUAAAGGCUUAAAAUAAGAAACCAGUGAAAAAGGACGAUUGUCCUUCACUAGUAAUCACUAUUAUAAUAGUCUAACCUGAUGAUCACACCAGCAUACAAAUGUGUUGGUUGUACUUUGGGUGGUGGAAAGCUUACUUAGUGAUUGCUGAUAUUAUUCCACUCUUACCAUUAACUCUCUUCUACACUCUGAAAAUGGACUAGACAAGAGGCUUGGGUUAAUGCAGGGGUUUCAAGGUACCAGCCAGUUUCAUAUGGCCCAUCAUCCUUAAAUACAGCCUGCAAAUAUUUUUAUCUGCAGUUAAAUGGUUACACCUGUUGGUUAGUGUGUGGUUGGUUAGUGUAGUGGUUAACACCUUUGCCUUCUACGCUGUAGACUGGGGUUCAAGCACCCUACACUAUACCAAUAAGGGUCCUUGGGCAAGACUCCUAACACCACCUUGGCCUACCUGUGUAAAAUGAGCAAAUUGUAAGUCUAUAAACUAUACAAUGCUGCAAACAAGACAAAUUAUUUAAUCAGAAACCUGAUGCUGCAUGGAUGCUGCACAGUGAGUGGCCAAGAGUGUAAAUUAGCUACCAAAUCAGUUUAGCUUCUAUUUAAAUUCGGACCAGUAGUUUGUUAAAUUGGCCCUUUCGGAUUCACAGAAAAUACUGAGGUCAACAAAGUGUGUCAGAAAGUAAAUCAUCAAACAAAUCCACUGAAAAGGCAGAUUUGACCAUUUUCCCAACAUUGCACUUGCUGGAACUUCACUUUUGUUAAGCAGGUCACAGUAAGAAUCUCAACGCUCAAUGAUACCACAAUAAGAGUCUCAUAUAAUUCUGCUGUUAAAUGUGUGUUCUUGAUGUAACUGAACAUAAAAUAAUACCAUGUAU